AGGAGCAGUGCAAGAUCUCCUACAGGCGCUUCCUGGCCACGACGUCGAACGGCAUCUCGCAGGAGUGGCCCCACUCCUACAUCAACGAGUUGUCCUUCUACUCGGACGCCGCCGCCCUGGACUGGAGCUUGCCCGGAACGUUUAAUGGCAACACCGCGGCAUACAUGAAUCGCGCAGACGUCCAGAAGGCAUUGCACGUGCAGAGUGCCCCUGCGAGAGCGUGGCCGGGUCCAGCCCCAGGCUGGUCCUACACGAGCUCCUACAGGGCCUGCAACGCGCAGCAUGUGGCUCCGGGCACUCCCAGCAUGAUCGAUUUCUACCGCCACAUUGCACCACUGAUGCGCACGACCAUCGUCUUCAACGGCGACACCGACCCGUGCGUGUCCUACGAGGGCACCCGCAGGGCCAUCGAGAAGGUGGGCUUUCCUGUUGCAGAAGGCGGGGAAUAUCGCCCGUGGUUUUACCACAAGGCAGCGGCAGACUUGCAGACGGUGAAGGAGAAGGACAGCUUGGUCUUCCCAGACUUGGACCUGCGAGACGCUGGAGCGCAGUACGGCGGGCAUGUUGUGAGCUACGGGCACAAUCUGUCCUUCGUGACCGUCCACGGCGCGGGCCACAUGGUCCCGCAGUACAGGCCGCAGGCGGCCGCGCGGCUGCUGGGCGCGCUGCUCUCCGGCGCCCCGCUGUCACCCCUGCUGCCGACGGCCGCCGAGCUGGCGGCGCUGGAGGAGGAAAAGUUCAAUCAGCGGGUCGACAACUGGACGCAGCAGGCGAAGGACGC